AUUUUCUGUGGUAGCCAGAUGAUUAUUUCUUCCUAGUUUUAUGGGGCUCCUGUGUGGCACGGAGAACUGCCUCAGAGGAGGAAGCACACCUGCUGAUGGAGACAAACAGGGGAGUUUCCUCCUUGACAGCAGCUGUCACAAAGUUAGCCUGCCAGCUAGUAAGCUAGCUGCACAACACUCACUGAUAACAUCCAAACAAGGCUGACUAGCCGUGUUGUGCGAAAACCCACCAUGGAUUUGAAUAGCAUCUUGACGCAGCUCCUAACCGCAAACGAAGAGGACAUAGAGAAGCUUUUGCAGCAGUACAGUCGAGAGAACACACAGACCUUCUCUUUUGACCAAAAGGAGGAAGCCCUGAGGAGUAAACUGUGUCAGGGUGUGUUGACGGUUCUUGGAAGGCCGGCGCGGCCCAGCUGUCAGAAGACGUGUCUGGAGACCCUCCGCAUCCUGUCCAGGGAUAAGCGAGUCCUGGCGCCGGUGGCCACCAGGGAGGGCAUGCUGGUCCUGGCCGGGAUGGCCCGGCUGCGUGCCGGACAAGGGGAGGACGAGCAGAAUGGCUCCGGGGAGAGCGCGCUGUCCGCCGAGGAAGAGAGGGUGGUGGUGGAGGCCCUGAAGUGCCUGUGCAACGUGGUGUACAACAGCCCUGCGGCUCAGCAGGUCAGUGUGGACGUCCAGCUGGCCGGUGGCCUUUGCGCCAGCCUGCGCGCCGCACACGCCUGGCCGCACGAGGUGGGCCUGUUCACGCUGCGCCUUCUCUUCCUGCUGUCUGCCCUCCGACCUGAUGUGAGAGGGGUUUUGCGGAGAGAGGGCCACGCUGUGAGGCUGCUGACAGAGGUCCUGGAGCACACUCUGGACGUCCAGUGGGUUGGUCCCUACGAGGCCGCCCACGCCGGCCCACAGGCUCUGCCCAUGUCCACCGAGGACAAUGAGCGAGCCAUGGAGGCCCUCAAAGCCUUGUUCAACCUCACGCUUUCUGAGGCUCGCGACGAGGAGGAUGACCACCAGUUCCGACUCAUCGCUGCCAUCCUGCGUCACCUGUUGAUGCUGAAGACGGAGACGGAGGACAAAACGGAGGAAGCACACAGCCAUGCUAUCAACCUUCUGAACAACCUGCCUGUGUCCUGCCUGGACGUGUUGAUCAACCUGCCCGUUCAGGGAGGACUCGAGAAAUACGGUGGGAAAAACAUGGAGGUGGUGCAAGUGUUGCUGGACUUCAUGGAGAAGAGAAUUGACAAGACUGUGAAAUGUUUGUGCUUCUUCUUUUUUAACUCCAAGCAGGGCUCCAACUACAAGGAGGGUUUAACUCCAGUGCUCAGCCUUUUAACCGAAGGAUCCAGAUGCCACAGAGAGAUCCGCAGAUACAUCAAAGCUCAGGUACUCCCCCCUCUGAAAGACGUGAAGAUCAGGCCAGAGAUUGGCAGCGCAAUCAGAAACAAGCUGGUUCGAUUAAUGACCCACGUCGACAUGGGCGUGAAGCAGACGGCCGCCGAGUUUCUCUUCGUGCUCUGCAAAGAAAGCGUGGACAACCUCUUGAAAUACACUGGAUACGGAAAUGCGGCCGGACUCCUGGUGGCUCGCGGUCUCCUGGCAGGAGGGAGAGGAGAGACGCAGUACUCUGAAGACGAAGACUCAGACACAGAAGAAUACAAAUCUGCCAAACCUUUCAUCAACCCCAUCACCGGUCACGUGGAGGAGCCAAUGCCAAACCCCAUCGAGGAGAUGACCGAGGAGCAAAAGGAGUACGAGGCCGAGAAACUGGCCAAUAUGUUUGACAAGCUAUCCAGGCAGAACGUGAUUCGGCCGAUGGGCGUCAGGCCGGAUGGGACGUUAGCCCCUCUGGAGGAAACCCUCUGCGAUCCACCCGAGGAUAACUCUGGAUCAGACUCUGACUAAAAGCUUUGCAUCGAGGCCACGCUUUCCAAACUAAGCCCACCGGGCACCCCCCAACACAUCUAGACCUGUGUCCAAUUUCAAGGGCUGGAUUCUUCUGGGGGCUCUGAAUCUGUGCCUCUGUCUUAAAUGAGGCUUGAGUCUAGUCAGUCAAGCCGUGCUUACGGAAUAUUUCCCAUUUAAAUAAAGGACCGUCAGAAGUUCAAACAAUUUUUGGACGAGCACAAACUGAAUAAAAGCUACAUUAUUUUAGUAUGUUACCAACAGAAACAGAACCCAACCAAAUGGGGAAAUGCGCAGAAGUAUAAAUUUCUGUUUAUCGGGCAUCAGGAUAGAAAGAAUGGUUAAAUAUAAACACAAAAAAACUGUCACUUUUAUCUUUGACUAGACACGGAUGAAGAGUGCAGUGGAUUGUGGGAUAGAGACUUUGAUACCAACUAUGAAUUAUGUAGUGAAGUUAAAUAAAUCCAACCUGUGUGGCCUCAUUCUGACCACACUUUGGAAUCGGACUGUCAUUUUCAGUUCAGUUAAAUUAGACCCAGUGAUCCAGUCCUGAAGCGGGACACAGCUGAACACUUCACAGGAGAGUCCAGGUGCUCUGUGGUGGCUUUAAAGUGUUCUCCACAGUGGGAGUGGACCGAUGUGUGGCAGGAAAGCUCCACCGGGCCCGCGGGGGGGUCAGAAUGCAUGGGCGGCCUUCACGGCGACUGUUGCAUCAUUUAUUUUUCUGCUUCUUAGGUUAGCGGAAAUAGAAAUGAUAUUAUUUUGCUGGAUUAUCUGUUUGUUUGUUUUUUACUUCAGACACUGUUGCCAUGUUUGUCCUAUUUCAUUUGACUUAUAUAUAUUAUAAUGAAGCAUUCCUUUACCCAGCCUUUUUAAAAAUGAUUUCAUAUUUAUAACUCACAUUCUUUAAGUUUACCUGUGAAUUGGUAGAUGAAGCGCACGUCACACAGGUAAAUAAAAUGCUCACAUCAAAGGAGAUGAUAAGAAGAGGCCUGGCGUGUGGCAGCUCAGCGUCUGUCCGUGUGAGGACGUGUCCUCAGGAACGUUGCCAGCCGCGGCAGCACCGAGGAAUCCUAAAAAUUCAGGGCUCGCUUUCUUUAACGAAACCGAAAAAGAACAAGAACCUACCUUAAAAUGUAGAUGCGUUUUCCUGUGGUGGAUCACAAUCAACGUUUGCCGACAGGGAAAUUGUUCUUUUUUCUUUCUUUUUUUUGUUGCCAAAUCUACUUCAAACUUUUAAGGGGAUAAGUGGUGACUUUUUUUUUUUUGCCCCCUCCCCUCAGAAAUGUUGAUUUUAUAUUAAUGUACAUUUCUGGUGUUUAUAUAAACUAAAAGUCCCUUUUCCCGUCAGAACUGCCAGGUCUGAUGACGGCUGCAUGAAUGUUGUUUUUUUUCCCCUCUCCCGGUCAGUUUGAUGGCGAUUACAAUCCAAAAGCUGAAUAUCGCUUUAACCAGAGCACACGUGUCAUUGUUAUAGAAAGAAGUGGAACUCUGUUCAGUAGUCAGUGUUCAUGAGCAGACUUUCCUCCCCACCCGUGAAUCACCACUACUGCCUGCUCGCACAGUACAGUAACUUUAUACAAGGCUGUUAACAUGGAGUCUUUUACCUGAGAUUCCUGUUUUUAAUCCAAUGUUUUUUUUAAAUAUUUGGUCUUUAAAAAUCCAAUAUUUGUUAUGUUUCUUUACCUGCCGGUGUGAUGCCUUCAUAACAGACUCAUUGCGUUACCCUGUAAAUACUUUCAUGUUCAUCCACAAUCAUCCUGUGACACUUUAAGAUGGCGUGCAUCUGGUGAGAGUAUGUCAUACUUUGGUUCUUUCUUCAUACUGUAAGUAGCACCCCUUAUUUUAUGUUAUUUGGAGGAUUCCACUGAGAUGAAUAAAGUCAGAAACUGAACGAUUGUCUUAUUCGA